UCCGGACCGGAAGCGUGCGACUACACACAUCAGCUUACCUCUCUUCCGAGUCCUCUACAUUUCUGUCCGUUAUUUCAUUUCAUUUCAUUAAACGUCUGUUGUAAAAGGAGAUUAUACGUUUGAAAACCGCAGAAACUACAAUGUGCAGGUAGAAAACGAACUUAAAUUCAUGAGCAAGAUAACAGCCAGCUGCUGCGACGAUGAGGAGGCUGAACAAAAAGAAAGCCCUGAACUUUGUGAAGGAGUUGGAUGCGUUCCCCAAGGUUCCUGAGAGUUAUGUGGAGACAACAGCCAGUGGAGGAACCGUGUCUGUGUUGGCCUUCACAGCCAUGGCACUCUUGGCCUUCUUUGAGUUCUUUGUGUAUCGAGACACAUGGAUGAAGUACGAGUAUGAAGUGGAUAAGGACUUUACUAGCAAACUACGAAUUAAUAUUGAUAUCACAGUUGCCAUGAGAUGCCAAUUUGUUGGAGCAGAUGUGUUGGAUCUAGCCGAGACGAUGGUGGCCUCUGAUGGCCUGCAGUAUGAACCUGUUGUUUUUGAACUUUCUCCUCAGCAGAGGCUCUGGCACAGGACACUUUUGCUCAUUCAGAACCGUCUGCGCGAGGAACAUUCACUCCAGGAUGUUUUGUUUAAGAACGUCAUGAAAGGUGCCCCCACUGCUCUCCCACCCAGGGAAGAUGAUCCCACUCAGCCUCUAAACGCAUGCCGGAUACACGGAUACCUUUAUGUCAAUAAAGUAGCAGGAAAUUUCCACAUCACUGUUGGCAAGGCCAUCCCACACCCUCGAGGUCAUGCCCAUCUAGCAGCGCUGGUCAGCCAUGAGACAUACAACUUCUCCCAUCGGAUAGACCAUCUGUCUUUUGGAGAGGAAAUACCUGGCAUAUUAAAUCCACUGGAUGGCACAGAAAAAGUGUCCGCAGAUCAUAAUCAAAUGUUCCAGUACUUCAUUACCAUUGUGCCCACAAAACUGCAGACGUACAAGGUGUCAGCGGACACACACCAGUAUUCAGUCACCGAGCGGGAGCGAGUGAUAAACCACGCAGCGGGGAGUCAUGGGGUUUCUGGGAUCUUUAUGAAAUAUGAUAUCAGCUCGCUGAUGGUGAAGGUGACUGAGCAGCACAUGCCCUUGUGGCAGUUCCUGGUGCGGCUCUGUGGCAUCAUAGGAGGCAUUUUCUCAACAACUGGCAUGUUGCACAGUCUGGUUGGCUUCUGCAUAGACGUGAUCUGCUGUCGUUUUAAACUGGGGGUCUAUAAGCCCAAGAGUAUGAGUGUUUUUGAUGGCCAUGUGAACAGCCUGACGCCUCUUCUUUCUGAGAAUGCUGAACACUAGCUGGGCUCUCCUCCUUACCACAUUUAAAGCUCAUCUCACUCACUUUCAAUCUGAAUCACAACUGUACGUUUCAGGAUUCUGUUAAUACAUGACAUUGAGAUUGGUUGUCAUUUGUGGUACUGUAAAGAUUUGUAAGCACUGACACAAUAACUGCUACACAGGCAGAAAUUCAUAAAUGAGUAGAUUAUAUCUCAACAGAAGAUCUUGUUUGGUGCAAAAAUGCGAAUUUAAAUUAGUGGGCAGCUUUUGAAAAAUGUUAGAAAAAGUGUAUUAUUAUUAUUAUUGCACUCAUAAAGACAUCUUUUAUUUUUCUAAAAGCAGGUAUUUUAAUUAAAACUUGAUUGUCUUUAAUUGGAUAAAUACUCCCUUUUAAAAAGCACAGGUCUAAAUCUGAAUAUCAGACAAUUUCGUUUUAGUUAAAGUGACUUUAAUACAACUUUAAAAGAUGUGGGAGCAUCAGGAACCUUUCAGACACGACCCGUCACGUCAGUAUUAGGAUCUAGUUGGGAUUUUUGGUGUGAUUAUCCCCAACCAGUGCCAAGAUCUCCACCUCAGGAUGGACUGAUUGUUUAGCAUCCAUGCGCAUUUUAAGAGAUCAUGUUUUAUAUUAUUGAUGAAUAACACCUGAGGGUCCAUUAAUGCAGUCAAGAUUGUAUUUGGUUGAAUGGCUGAAUUAUAAGGGAACUAGUGUGAAAUAAUUUGUUUAAAGCAUAUUGAACAUUCUUACUUUUGCAUGAUUAUGGAUCACACUGCUGAUGUAUAUUUUCUUGUGCCAAAGCCUUUUCUAGUUCUAAAAUAAAGCAAAUAAGCUCCCUGUAAUGGUUAAAUUGGAAGAAUUUUUUUUUUUUUUUUUGUUAAAGUCGAGAAAAUUAGACUCACAUCCUGUUGGUCUAUUUUGCUUAAUUUAUGAUUUUUAACAAAGCUCUCCAGGUUCUGGAUGUUUUAUUUGCCUGUUAUUCAGUGUGUCCAAAUAAAGAGUUUUGAAUGCACCUGCA